AUGCAUCCACCCACAGACACAUGCAACAAUCACCGUACCCGCACGCCAAGGGCUCCCGCGUCAGCCGUCAUCGUUGAUGCAGCCGUUUCAUGUGCCAUGCAGAUCCCCCAUAGCGCGACAAGCUGCCGCCACACCACAUCACGCCCAUCGCAAAGACAAUACACACACAAACACGAAGCUGCACAAACACACAUGGGCAUGUUGACCGCCGAAAAGGACCACUGGAGCCACCCGAAAGGAAAGGCUCCGCGGUGA